AUGAACGUCAACGAUCCUCUUACUGAACUAUUAUCAUUGCCAGUCAAUUUUACUGUUGAGCCCCUGUUAACUCCAAACAACUCAGUCCCAGUAAUGAAUAAAAAGAGACAACAAGAGGGACCCAUCGUCUCACUUAAAAAAACAAGACUUUCAUUAGACGAUAAAGAUCAAAAGACAAAAGAAAGAAUACUUCGUAAUCGUGCAGCUGCUCAGGAAUCUCGUGAUAAAAAGCGUAGAUAUAUUGCUGAUCUUGAGAAUAACAAUAAACGACUUACAGAAGAAAAUGAAAGAAUGAAUAAACAUAUAAAGGACUUGGAAGAUCAAAAUGCAAUGUUAACUUCACAACUGGAAGCUUUUAGUCGUCAAUUAGCUACCUUACAAACACAAAUUAAAUUCAAUGUCAUCACCGCCACAACUCCUCCUAUCUUGUUUAAUGACUUUUGCGAUUCAGCACGGAUCGCGAAGAAGGAAUUAAUCAAAGUCGUCUCAUAA